AUGGAUGUUCUUUCGCAUUAUCCAAUGGCCGAUAAUUCGUCUUACUACUUACAACUUUGGGGGCCGACUAUAAGAUGUUCAUCAUUGACAGAUGUCCAAAAGCGAUUUUUCAACAAUUUUAUCGCCUCGUUUCCUAAUGAUACAAUAACGCUUCAUUCACUUUCAAUCCUAGGCAAUAUUACUACUGCAAGCCGAUCAUACUCUUAUGAACCUGGCUUUCCAAUGCUUAUGUUUUCUGCAUUCACGCCGCUCUUCGCGGGUUUCGACUCCUUAGGUUUCAAUAAUAAGAACCUCUGGUCACUACCGUCUAAUUCAAGUAUCCAUUUGAAAUUAAAGACACAAUUAUGUGUGCAGACCUCACGAGAUAAUUUUGCAUGCUCGCUAGUUAACACAUCUUACAAAGUAGGUUUUGAUGUUGCAAAUGGCGAUCAAAAAAUCACCAGUCUUCAAACCAUAGGGUUUGAGCGUGUACUGAUGAAUUCUCACGCUGACGGCUUCGAUUACUUCAACCCUUAUCCAUAUACUGAACAUGACUCCUACAUUGCAUCGUUUGUAGCUUUAUGCAACCUCUUAGUGGGUAACAAUACUGUACGUGAAGACUGGCUUGGAGCUAGUGGGAAAUUUCUAAUUGAUGAAUCUUCCAGCUUGAUGUUAAGAAGUGGGCUCGACGCAUAUGUACUUGUGAGAGGCAUUGCUAGUGAUUAUGACAAAAUGAAAAUGGACAAUUCCUCUUGCAGUAGUACCCGCUCCAUUGUGUGGUCUAACUCUUCGAUGUCCGAACAGUAUAGUCGGCCAAUCAAUAACACUAGCAGAAUUUUUGGCAAGCCUAAAUUUAUGUGUCGCAAUCGAACUUUGGAUCAAGCAAUUGAGGAUCUUUAUCAAAACAUCACAAUAAGAAUGCUCAGCGCAGCUCAAUUGACGAAACUGGAAUACGACAAUGUAACAUAUAGAAGAUCAACAAUCGUCUACCAGUACAAUCUGCGCACCCUUAUAUUAUCCUACAGCAUCGCAGGCUUCAAAGCUUUCAUAAGUAUCAUCAUAGGCAUAGUAUCAUGCAUCAGCAAUGGCGUCGCCCAUAGCACCGCUUUCUCAGCUCUCGUCGCUACGACGCGCAACCCCGAACUCGAUGCUCUACCCAAGGGUCAUUGCAUGGGCUCACUACCUCUUGACAAAUAA